CAACAUCGUAGCAAAUCAACAGGCUUCUCUGAAUUUGCUUUCGAUUUGUCAUUCUUUUAUUCAAUCCUUUUGUCGCUUCUCUACAAAAAUACAAAAUUCCCAGUUGUCUUUACUACUUUCCUCUUUAUAAUCCCAAAACCCAAAUAGGGGUCAAAUAUUUCAACCCCAUUUCAUCAUAAUAAUUCCCCCAGAUUACUAAAGGAUUGAAGAAGAUAUGGAAAUCUUUGACCUAGAGAAGCAGUUUGCAUUCUAUGGCGCUUACCAUAGCAACCCAGUGAAUAUCUUGAUUCACAUGGUAUUUGUGUGGCCGAUUUUUUUUACUAGUCUUGUUCUUUUCAAUUUUACGCCCCCACUUUUCAAUUUACCUCCAAUUCAGCUCUGUGAACACAGCUCCUUGGUUCUUAAUUAUGGGUUCUUGUUUGCUUUGGUUUAUGGUGUGUUCUACGUGUGUUUGGACAAGAAAGCUGGAUCUUUGGCUGCUUUGCUAUGUUUAAUUUGUUGGGUAUCCAGCGGUAUGGUUGCGAAUCAAUUGGGUUUCUCUUUAGCCUGGAAGGUUGUUCUACCGGCUCAGUUAUUCUGCUGGAUUGGACAGUUUAUAGGUCAUGGAGUAUUUGAGAAGCGAGCACCUGCUCUACUGGACAAUCUUGCACAAGCGUUCCUUAUGGCACCAUUCUUUGUACUCCUUGAGGCCCUCCAAUCUCUUUUUGGCUACGAACCAUACCCUGGGUUUCAUUCAAAAGUGAAAGCAACAAUAGAUGCUGAAAUCAAAGAAUGGCAAGAGAAGAAACAGAAAAAGAUAUCUUAAAUUCGAAUAUGUGAGGUUGUUACCUAUUCUAAUUGUAUCUGUAAAUGAAACAAAGCUGGUUCACAUGUGAACCGCUUAUGUUGUGUUAACUUGGUUUUGUAUACAUACCUGAUACAGUAAAAAACUUGGUUUUAUAUGCAUCCUUUAUUAAAAAUCAAUUAUUUAUC